AUGAUUAGCGAUCCAGAGCAUUUACGACCUUCUCCAAAGGUUACACCACGAGCAUAUUUUUGGAAUCCUUCUUCGGAUUCCCCACAAGUCAACUUAUCAGAUUCCCCACAAGUCGAUUUAUCAGAUUCCCCACAAGUCAGCUUAUCAGGUCAAUGGAAGGAUAAAUAUAAUAAAGCUCGUGAAUAUCUCUCAAAGACAAUAGGAGAACCUGAUGCUAAGAAAGAACUUUUGGAGUUCACAGAUAAUUAUUUGAUUGAAAAUUGUGCCAAAAAAGCUAUUAAAGAUAAAAAUAAUUCUACUGCUGUACAUAUUCAACCAUCAACAACUCCCGAUAAACAUGAAGCAGCAAUAUCUAAAAAAAUCCAUAUGGGAGGAGCUUGUCCUGAAUUUCCUAAAGGUGACGACUUUUAUAUUAAGUCGGCUAUUUCAUCUUCAGGCACUUCCUCCGCUCAAAACACUGUCAUUGAUGUUGAACAUGGCUUUCUUGUGGCUUGGGGCGCGGUUAAAGACGGAAUAAAAGUUAUUGUUGCUCCACAAAAGAGGACUACUGAACAUGACGGUUAUCAGCUUUGGCAUUAUGAAGACGGCUUACUGAUUAAUAAACAAACAACUUUAUAUCUGGAGCCUGAAUCAGUGAAAGCAGGAAGUCGUCUUAUUCUUCAUCAUAGAAGAAGUGGAAGUCAAAGUGCUAACCAGAAAUGGGUCCUUACCAAAGAUGGACGUAUUCAAUUAAAAGAUAAACAGUUCGUGUUUGAAGUUAAAGAUAAACAUGUUAUUCUUGCUAAAGCUGGAAAACCCUCCAAGAAUCCCUUGGCUUCACAAUUUCAUAUAAUGCCACUCCAUCCUGUGAAGAAAGGUGGUGCCGCUAUUGGUGUUGUUAGGCUAGAAUUGGUUGGUGCUAAAGGCUUAAAAGGUGCCGAUACUUUCUUGGCUGGUGGAAAAUCUGACCCUUAUGUUCGAGUAUUCCAUGUUGGUAACAACAAAGACAUUAUCGCUCAAACUAAAGUCAUAGAUAAUAACUUGAAUCCAGUGUGGAAUGAAGUUCACUAUUUACCUGUUAAAUAUAUUGGUGAAAAGUUCAUUUUGGAUGUGAUGGGUUUUAACACUUUUGUAAAAGAUAACCCGCUUGGAAAUUGCCAUUUAAAAAUUACUACUGAACUUGUUAAAGAAGUUUCAGAUGGUGUUUAUGAAGGAACUGUAAAUAGUAUUGACGUUACGGCAAAACUUACCAUUCAAGGCCAUCUUCAUUAUAAAGCGAAAUUCUUCCCAUUGGAACCUUUUCCAAAACCUACUCCCAAUUAUCUUACCAAUCUUAAAGGAAAACCUUUUGGUCGUUCAACAUUUUAUGUUCUUAUCACACUACAAGCUCCAAAUGGUGGUUUUCCUCCUUCUGAUAUAUUAGUCAAUCUAUUUGGUUUUGAAUCUAAAGAACAACUUUUAAAAUUAUAUAAAUCUCAUUGUUGUGAAGAGCGCAUUUUAAAGCACAAUAAUCAUACCGUAUGGACCACUAGCAUGAUCUUAUGGUUCUUACGUUUCUUAUUAAAAGAUUACAGGAGUGAAUGGGGUAGUAUUUAUGAACGUGCUGAACAGUUUAUUAGUAAAGAAAUUAAUGAUUUAGAAAUGGAAGAAGCUGUAGUUGCUAGCGGCAGGAAAGCCGUCCGUGAAAGAUUUGAUAUUGAUUCCAAAUCUAGACGAAUUACUAGAGACACUAUUUCAAUUGCACAUGUUAGACGUGUUCUUAAAUGUCAACAAAAUACUGGCGCAUAUUACUUUACUGAUAACCUUGCGAAAUCCUUUGGUUAUGAAAAUGCUGAAAAGCUUCAAACUGCGUUCUAUGAAUAUAGAAAUAGUAAAACCAAAUCACAAAAAAUUUCUCAAAUUAGUUCCUCAGUUUGGGCAACAAUGAUGGCACUUUAUUUCUACCGUUAUGUUGCUGUCGAUCAAAAGAAAGAAUGGUUCCAAACCUAUGAAAGGUCUUACAGAUGGUUAUGGGCUCAAUUAAAGGGUAAUGAAGCCCUUGAACAAGAAUGUUUUCAAAUUGUUAAAUCAUUUAUCAAAGACUUUCAUGGUGUAUGUGGUGAUGUUGUGGAGAUGGAUCGUAACUUUGAAACGGAAAUUGCUGACAUGAUAGACUCUAUUAAGAACCCACAAAAAGAUCGAGGAAUUGUUCAAAAACCUUAUGGUAUCGCUCGUAUCGAAAUUAAAAGUGCCAGAAACCUGAAACAAGCCGAUUCAUGGCUUGCUGGUAGUGCUUCCGACCCAUAUAUUAGAAUAUCUAACUUUUCCACAAAUUGGGUUUAUGGGGAUUCACGUGUCAUUUACAACAACUGCGAUCCCGUUUGGGAUCAAGUGUUUUAUAUUCCAGUUUAUGAUAUUCAUGAAAAAUUCAAUUUACAAGUCUUCGACUAUAACGCUUUCUUUAAACAUAAACUUUUGGGAUUUUAUAUUCUUGAUCUCAAAAAUAUAAUUAAAGAGCUUCCUAAUGGUUCUUAUGAAGGAAAGAAAUUAAAACUUGAUGCCAAUCUCACUUAUAAAGGAAGCAACAGAGGUCAAUUUUCAUUUGUUGCUGGCUUCUUUUCGCUCCCCGAAUCAGAUCAAAUGGAAGCAAUUACAAUAAAUAAUGGCUCAAUUCAACAUUUAUAUCUCUUGAUGACCUAUCAAAGUCAAUAUGGUUACUUUGAACUUACUGACUCUUUAGCAAAGUUAUUCAACUUCAACUCUAAGGAGGAACUUGCUAAAGCCUUUUCUGAUUUUGUACAAAAGGAUGAGGGGGUUCGUAAUUUGGAUAACAGAAUUUGGGCUACAGUUCUUGUCACAUCUUUCCUUAAAGUAUUAUUGUGGAAAGAACGUCGUGAGUGGGUGAAUGUUUACAACAGAGCUGAAAGUUGGUUGAGUGAAAAUGUACCCGAUGUUGAGGUUGAAGAACGUCUUUAUAAUUACUCGAACAAAUUCGUUAUUCACCUCUUUAAAGCCACUCAAUGGGCAGAUGAGAAUCAACAAAGAAGUUUGGGUAUUCUAGUUAUUUCUAAGCAAUCAAUUAUUACUCUACGACAUGUUGAUAUACGUGUUGUCCGUCGGUUCCUCAGUUACCAGAAUGAAUCUGGUUGUUUCGAACUCACCCCACAAUUAGCAAAAGCUUUGGGCUUCAGCUCUGUUAAAGAAGCUAAUAAAUAUAUUGAAACUCAUUUUUUAUCCUACUCACCAAGACUUGCUCAAUUUAAUCCUAACAUUUGGAGUACUGCUAUUAUGACUUGGUUCAUUCGAUAUGUAUUAGUUGACUUCAGAAAUGAGUGGGUAGGUUCAUACCAAAAAGCACAGAAAUGGCUUUGUCAACAAGUACCAGACGAGAAAGUACGAGAGGAACUUCUUGAGGCUGCUAGAAUCUUUGUUGUUAAAAGAUUUGAAGUUGAACCGGAUGCUAUAAGCGAAGAUGAAAGUUUCAAGGAAUCUAUAGAAGCUAAUGAAAAGAAACGUGAAAUUGUUGAAGAGCACGAUGAAGAAGAACAACCAAUUCCUAAUGAUGAAGUUGUUGGAAUAAUUAGAAUCUGUGUUAAAGAUGCCAAAAAUCUCAAGAAAUCCGAUAGUUGGUUUACCUUUGCUAACCCUGAUCCGUACAUUCGCAUUAUGGAUGCUGCCGGAAAUGAAAUAGUUCGCACUAAGGUUAACCAUGGAACCAUUAAUCCAAAAUGGAAUGAAGUUCAUUUACUUUCUGCUCAUGGUUGUGGAGAAAAAAUUUCGUUUGAAAUCUUUGAUGAAAAUCUUUUUAUAGCGGACAAACCUCUCGGUACCUAUGUAUUGGACACUACCAUUUUACUAAAAAGUGAGGAUCAAUCUAAACCUUUGAGUGGUUCGUUCCCACUUCAAAUUGGUCAAAAGCCAGUUAGAGGACAAUUAAACUUGGACAUUCAAUUUUUCCCAAUCAGUUUCACCGAGGGUGAAAACUUUGAGUUUUCAAAAGAUACUAUUAAACAACAGCAUUUAUACAUGCUUAUUAGCUGGCGCCAUGCGAAUGGAUCUUGGGAAUUUACUGAUAAAUUGGCGCGUUUCUUUAAUUAUAAAUCUGCUGAAGAAUUGAAACAAGCUUUCCUUGCUCACUUAACUUCUUCAGACAAAGAUCUCUUAAAAUAUGACUUGUCUAUAUUGGCGACAGCUCUUACGAUUAUGUAUCUCAAGGUUUUAUGUUGGAAACAUUAUGGUGAAUGGAAACGAAUUGUUGCAAACAGUGAAUCGUGGCUCAGCAAAGAAAUUAACAAUAUUGAUUGCGAGGAUCGUUUAUAUGAUUUAUGUAGAAAAUUCAUUGUUGAACGUUUCAAAGUUAAGAAUUUCGAAAAAGAACAAUUGGAAAUCAUCGAACCUGCCAAACAAACCAUCAUUACUCGAAAGGUUAUCACUAUCCGUCAUGUUCGUACACUUCUUUCUCAUCAAUCUGACGACGGUUGUAUUGAAUUAAACGAAAAAGUGGCUGAAUUCUUUGGAUUCAAAAGUGUCGAUGAAUUUAAACAACACUUGGAAAAACAUUUUAAAACAGAACGUGUCAACAAACUUCACCAUAAUGCUUGGGUUACUGCCUGCGUGGUUUGGUACCUACGUUUAGUUGCUCUUGAUCACCGACAUGAAUGGAUCGGUAAUUAUGAAAAAUCAUCAGAAUGGUUAAAAAAACUAUGCAAAGGAGAUACUGCUCUUGAAAGUGAAAUUAAUGAUUGCGCCAAGAAAUUCAUUAUUUCAAGAUAUGAAGUUGACAAUGAUGCUAUUGAAGCUGAUACUAGCUUCAUUGCAGCUAUUAAGACCAAAGAUGCUGCAAUAGCAGAAGAAAAGAAUGAAAUUAGGAGACGAAAGAAAGGAAGCACGCAUCGCAAAACAAUCUCCUUAUCUGGUAAUGUUGUUAAUCGAAAUACUACCACUGACGCUGUUGUUAAAAAAUUCAUUACAUACCGUCCAAAGGAUAGUUGUUAUUCACUUAAUGAUGAAAUUGCGAAACAUCUUGGAUUCUAUGAUAAAGCAUCCCUGGAAUCAGCAUUACGAAGUCACUUUAUCUCUGAUAAUUUAUCAAAACUUGAUAUUGAUACAUUGCUCAGUGCAGUAGGGAUAUGGUAUUUACGUUUAUUGGGUGUAGACCAUCGUGAUCAUUGGUCUGGUGAAUGUGAUGAAUUAUAUAAAUUGUUACAUUCACGAAUUAACAAUCCUCAAAUUGAACGUGAAUUGCUGGGAUCUGCCAAACAAUUUAUUAUCAGAAGUUAUAAUGUUGAGGACGAUGCUAUUCAAAAGGAUGAUGAAUAUCAAGAACAUUUGAACCGUACCUCAGACAUUGAAAGUUGUAAAACAUUUGUUAUAGACAAAUCAGACAAAUCGGCCGGCAAAAAACUUGAAGCCGCCGCAGAGAAUAUCAUACCAAGAACUGUAGAAGCUGCUAAAAAAGAUGCUAACGCUGCUGUUAAAGAUGUUAAAAACUUUUUCGGUGGCCUUUAUGAAGCGGCUUCUAAACUUGGCGACAAGGUUGAAGAUAAGGUUGAAGAUGCCUUAACAUUUGAUAAAAACAAGCAUGAUGAUCAUGAGAAAGCGGAAGCUCUUAUUGUUGUUGAACAAUUAGCCACUCCCGAAAAGUGCAAUGAAGUCGUCUCGGAUCAAAAAGAUGAUGGCUGCAUUGAAUUAGGCGAUUCAGUUUGUAAUGAACUAGAUGCUCCUAAAGAAGAAAUCAUUACAACAAUUCAAAAGAAGAUUAAAAAUAAUAAACUUAAAUCGCCAGAGUUGUUAUCAAGUCUUGGAACUGCUAUUAACAUUUCAUACCUUAAGAAAGCUGCACCCCAACAUGAAAGUUUAUGGAAAGAUAAAUAUGAUAAAGCCCGUAAAUAUCUUUCUCAACAAAUAGGAGAUGCUGAAGCAGAAAAAGAACUUUUAAAAUUGGCGGAUGAUUAUGUAGUUGAAAAUAGUAUAAAGAAAGUGAUUAAAAAUAAAAAGAGAAAUGCAGUAUCUAAUGUGCGAAAUUUAGCUACACCAGAAAAGUGCAACGAUGCAUUAUCUAAACAAAAGGAUGAUGGCUCUUUUGAAAUUAGUGAGACGGUUUGUGAAGAAAUAGAUGUUCCUAUUGUAGACGUAGUACCUACAGUAAAGAAAUCUACACAACAUAAGAAACUCAGAUCACCCGAAUCAGAGCCGUGGUGGAAAACAGCACUUACUCUUAGUUACCUUAAAAUUGCUGCACCACAUCAUAAAAAACUAUGGGAAGAUAAAUACAAUAAAGCCCGCGAUUAUCUUUCAAAACAAAUCGGAGAUAAAGAUGCUGAGAAAGAAUUAUUAGAUUGUACUGAUAAGUACGUUGUUGAUAAUGUCACUAAGAAGUAUGAGAAAGAUCAGAAGAAGACUGCUGCACUUCCUAUUGUUCGAGAAAAAGUUUCUCCCGAGAAACACAAGGAAAUUGUAUCUAAACAAAAUGAUGAUGGCUGUAUUGAAUUAGAUGAUUCAGUAUGCAAAGAAUUAGGUGUUCCUAAGGAAGAAGUUAUUACUACAAUUAGAAAGAAAAUUAAAAAUAAUAAACUUAAAUCACCCGAACAUUCAUCAAGUCUUGCCACUGCAAUUAAUAUUUCAUACCUUAAGAAUGCUGCACCUCAUCACGAAGGUUCAUGGAAAGAAAAAUAUGACAAAGCCCGUGAAUAUCUUUCUAAGCAAAUCGGAGAUAAAGAUGCUGAAGAGGAAUUAAUAAAAUGUACCGAUGAGUACGUAGUUGAUAAAGUAACUGAAAAAGUAAUUGAGGAAAAGAAACGUGAUGUAAUUGAUAUUAAGAAAGAAGAAAUACCUAAAUCUGAAAAAGGCAAAAGCUUUUUCGGUGGUCUUUAUGAAACACCUAAAUCUGAAAAAGGCAAAAGCUUUUUCGGUGGUGUUUAUGAAACAGUUUCUUCUAAGAUUGGUGAGAUUGGUGAUCAUCUUGAAGAUGCUUUCUCGGUUGAUAAAGACAAACAUGAUGAUCAUGAAAAAGCAGAAGCUCUCGUUAUCGUUGAAGAAUCAGCCACUCCUGAAAAAUGUAAGGAAAUCGUUUCAAAUCAGAAAGAUGAUGGCUGCAUUGAAUUAGGUGAUUCAGUUUGUAAUGAACUAGAUGCUCCUAAAGAUGAAAUCAUUACAUCAAUUCAAAAGAAUAUUAAAAAUGAUAGACUUAAAGCACCCGAGCGUAAACCAAGUCUUGAAACUGCCGUUAAUCUUGCAUACCUUAAGAAAGCCGCAUCUCAGUAUGGAAAUAUAUGGAAUGAUAAAUAUAAUAAAGCCCGUGAAUAUCUUUCUAAACAAAUAGGAGAUUCUAAAGCCGAAAAAGAACUUUUAGAUUUGGCGGAUGAUUAUGUAGUUGAAAAUAGUAUAAAGAAAGUGAUUAAAGAUAAAAAGAGAAAUGCAGUAGCUAAAGCGAGAGAUUCAGCCACACCAGAAAAAUGCAACGAUAUAGUAUCUAAACAAAAGGAUGACGGAUCUUUUGAAAUUAAUGAGACGAUCUGUGAAGAAAUAGAAAUUCCUCUUGAUGUAGUACCUGUAGUAAAGAAAUGUACACAAAACGAAAAACUUAAAUCACCCGAAUCAGAGCCGUGGUGGAAAACAGCAAUUACUCUUAGUUACCUUAAAAUCGCUGCACCACAUCAUAAAAAACUAUGGGAAGAUAAAUACAAUAAGGCCCGUGAUUAUCUUUCUAAACAAAUCGGGGAUAAAGAUGCUGAGAAGGAAUUAUUAAAUUGCACUGAUAAAUAUGUAGUUGAUAAUGCUACUAAAAAGUUUGAAAAAGAUCAUAAAAAAGACGUUGCAAUUACCAUCAUUCGAGAAGAAGCUUCUCCCGAGAAAUGUGAGGAAAUUGUAUCUAAACAAAAUGAUAAUGGUUGUAUUGAAUUAGAUGAUUCGGUAUGCAAUGAAUUAGACACCCCUAAAGAAGAAGUUAUUUCUGCAAUUCAAAAGAAAGUUAAAAAUAAUAGACUUAAAUUACCCGAGCGUAAACCAAGUCUUGAAACUGCUAUUAACAUUUCAUACCUUAAGAAUACUGCACCCCAUCACGAAGAUUUAUGGAAGGAAAAAUAUGAUAAAGCCCGUGAAUACCUUUCUAAUGAAAUUGGAGAUAAAAAUGCUGAAGAGGAGUUAAUAAAAUGUGCCGAUGAAUACGUAAUGGAUAAAAUAACAGACAAAGUAAUUGAAGAAAAGAAACGUGAUGUAAUUGAUCUCAAGGAACAUGAAAUACCUAAAAAGCCUAAAGGCUUUUUCGGUGGUAUUUAUGAAUUGGUUGCUAACCUUGGAGGACAUAUUGAACGUGCCCUUGGAUUUAAAAGAAAACUUAACCAACACGAGAAAGCAGAAGCUCUCGUUAUCGUUGAAGAAACAGCCACUCCUGAAAAAUGUAAGGAAAUCAUAGCGAAACAACAUGACGACGGUUCUAUCGAAUUGGGUGAUUCAGUUUGUAAUGAACUAGAUGUUCCUAAAGAAGAAAUCAUUACAACAAUUCAAAAGAAUAUUAAAAAUGCUAAACUUCAAUCACCCGAGCAUUCAUCAAGUCUUGCAACUGCAAUUAAUCUUGCAUACCUUAAGAAAGCCGCAUCCCGGCAUGAGGGCUUAUGGAGAGACAAAUAUAAUGCAGCCCGUGAAUAUCUAACAAAAGAAAUAGGAGAUGCUAACGCAGAACAAGAACUUUUAGAUUUUGCGGAUGAUUUUGUAAUUGAAAAUGCCACAAGGAAAGUAGUUAAAGAUAAAAGGAGAAAUUCAGUGGAUAGGGUGCAAAAGGCAACUACACCAGAAAAAUGCAAUGAUGCUGUAUCUGAACAAAAUAAUGACGGAUCUUUUGAAAUUAGUGAGACAGUUUGUAAAGAAUUAGACGUUCCCAUUACAGAUAUCGUAAAUACAUUAAAGAACGAUACACAAAAUGAGAAAUUUAAAUCACCCGAAUCAGAGCCGUGGUGGAAAACAGCACUUACUCUUAGUUACCUUAGAAUCGCUGCACCACAUCACAAGAAACUAUGGGGAGAUAAAUACAAUCAAGCUCUCGAUUAUCUUUCUAAACAAAUUGGAGAUGCAGCAGCAGAAGAAUUAUUAGAUUGCACCGACAAAUAUGUCGUUGAUAAUUUCACCAAUAAGGUUGAGAAAGAUCAUAAAAAAGAUAUUGCAAUUGCUGUUGUUCAAGAAGCAGCUUCUCCCGACAAACACAAAGAAAUUGUAUCUCAACAAAAAGAUGAUGGUUGUAUUGAAUUGGAUGAUUCAGUAUGUAAUGAACUAGGUGCUCCCAAGGAAGAAAUUAUUACUACUAUUCAAAAGAAAGUUAAAAAUAAUAAACUUAAAUCACCCGAGCAUUCAUCAAGUCUUGCAACCGCUAUAAACCUUUCAUAUCUAAAAAAUGCUGCGGCUAAAUAUGAAGGCGAAUGGAGAGAUAAAUAUAAUAAGGCUCGUGAAUAUCUUUCUAAACAAAUUGGAGAUAAAGAUGCUGAAAAAGAAUUAAUAGAAUGUGCUGAUGAGUAUGUAAUUGAUAAAACAACAAACAAAGUAAUUGAAGAAAAGAACCGUGAUGUAAUUGAACUUAAGAAAGAUGAAAUACCAAAAGCCGAAAAAGCUGAAGGCAAAAGCUUUUUCGGUGGUCUUUAUGAGAAGGCUGCCAAACUUG